AUGGCGCUUAUUGUCGACAAGCACAGGCCGAGGUCUCUCGAUGCCCUCACAUAUCAUCCCGAAUUGUCGGAGAGGUUACGGUCACUUGCGCAAAGCGGUGACUUCCCCCACCUCCUCGUUUACGGCCCCUCUGGCGCAGGAAAGAAGACCCGAAUUGUUGCUACCCUAAAGGAGUUGUACGGCCCCGGUGUAGAGAAGAUCAAGGUCGACGCCCGUGUCUUCCAAACCAGCAGCAACCGCAAGCUCGAGUUCAACAUUGUCGCAUCGGUGUACCACCUCGAAAUCACCCCGUCCGAUGUCGGCAACUAUGACCGAGUAGUGGUCCAGGACCUCCUCAAGGAGGUGGCCCAAACACAACAAGUAGACCAGUCGGCGAAGCAGAGGUUCAAGGUGGUGGUCAUCAACGAGGCCGACCACCUCACCAGAGACGCCCAGGCCGCCCUCCGUCGGACCAUGGAAAAGUACUCGCCCAACCUACGCCUAAUCCUCCUCGCCAACUCGACAGCCAACAUUAUCGCGCCCAUCCGAUCGCGAUGCCUGCUCGUGCGGGUAGCGGCUCCGACACACGAAGAGAUCUGUAACGUCCUUGCUUCGUCGGCGAAGAAGGAGGGUUGGCCGGUUGUCAAGGGUCUACACCAGAGGAUAGCUGAGGAAAGCGGAAGGAAUCUUCGCAGAGCACUGUUGAUGUACGAGGCGGUACAUGCGCAAAAUGAGAAAGUCACAGACACCACCCCCAUACCACCCCCAGACUGGGAAGCCCUCAUCGGGCAAAUCGCCAAGGAGAUCAUGGAGGAGCACACACCAGCACGAAUUCUCCAAGUUCGAGCAAAGCUUUACGACCUUCUGACGCACUGUAUCCCCGCGACGACCAUCCUGAAGACGCUCACAUUCAAGCUCAUCCCCCUGAUCGACGACGCACUCAAGGCGGACGUGAUCUACUGGUCCGCUUUCUAUGAACAUCGCAUCAAGACGGGUACCAAGGUCAUCUUCCACCUGGAGGCGUUUGUGGCCAAGUUCAUGAGGAUAUUCGAGAUGUAUCUGAUGAGCAUGGACUUGUAA